AAAUUGCUGAACUUUUAAAAGUCAUAAUAAUGCAAAAUUCUACCUCAAUUCAAGUAGAAUUUUGCUAUUUAUUAAUUAAAGAAACUCUUAAUUUAGAAUCCUAUUUAGAAAGAUAUAAUACCCAAGAAACAUUAUUAGACAUUGAAGAUAGCAAUAUUCAAGAACAAAUAAUACUAUUAAGAAAAGUAUCAUACUUAUCUUCUGAUAUUCUUCCCAAUAAACAAAUUAUACAAAUAUUAGAAGAAAAAAUAAACACUUUUAAUAAACUUAUGAUUAAUCAACUAUUAGAUAUUAAUCAAAAAAAUUCAGAUUCUUUACAAACUAUUAAUAAUACAAAUAAAAGAAAAAAAACAAUAGAAUCUGAUGAAGUAACAAUUCAAAUACCUGGAUUUUCUGAUAAUAUAUCAACUAGAAAGCUUCAAACAUAUACAACAUUUGAAGCACGUUUAGUUAAAUUAUUAGGA